AUUUAUUUCCUCAGUCUGGCAAAGUUAUUUGCCUUCCUUUAGUGUCUCGAGACUCGUCAGUCGUUUUUCCUCCUAGAACAAUAUGUUUUCCCCAAGGUAUUCAACGAUCCUUGCUUUCUUGACAACACUGUAUUCUGUACAGCUAUCGCAUCGUUGUGUAGUUGCUGGUAAGUUAUUCAAACGUAUCUACAAUUAGUGUACAAUACUCGUCACGGAAGCCGUUUCUCUUGAAUUUUCUUCAAAUUUCUUACAUUCUCUCUUCAUACCUUUGUUCUCACUCAAAAUGUGCCCCUCUCCUUCCCCAAUGUUGAGCCACGCGUAUUUUGGAGCACUGGGACGACUGUACAUGUAAUACCCAAAUCAACUUUGGGGAAGGGGAAACGCACACAAGUGUUCACAGAUAAUCUGUUUUUCUGGAUAUAACUAUUAACUCGUUAGCCAACGAUGUUAAAUAAAAGUAAAUCACUAAGAAUUACAAGGAAAACUCGAUAGUUUUUUCAGAAGCUAAUGGUAAGGUUAAGGUUUUGACAAACACAAACACACAAUACCUAAGGUUUUAUCUCAUUUUUACAUACCAUAAUUUCACGGCCUUGUCAAAUGGUUGAUUUAUCAAUCAUUAUUAUUAUUACUAUUACAGUGGAAUGCCGUUAAUACUGUCACCAAUGGGCCAAAUAAAAUUGGCCAUAUUAACGAGGGUUUUUUUUACAAGAAUAUGUAUGGCAGUUUUUGCCAGGCGGCCAAAUAAAGUGGCUGUAAUGAUGAGGUGGCCGUAAGGCAGGGUUUCACUGCAUUUUAUCAUCACCAUUAUCAUUAUUUAACAAUUAUUCGCCGAAGGCGAAGUUAAUAUUGUUGAAUAAUCCCCGAGACGAACAUUACAACAUUAACUGAGCCUGAGGUGAAUAAUUGUUUUAGUAUUAAUUCACACGAAGUGAUCUUAACAGAAUCUGAAAGGAAACCAUUAAAAAAUGAUUAGUUUGAUUGACGGGUGAAUUCAUGCGUGAACACGAAUCCGUAAACAGUGGAUGCACAAAAGUUAGAUCUUUACAGUAUCUUCAACGCUGUGGCUAUAUGGCCGGUAACCGGUCAAGGUGUAAAAAACACUAAAUGACUGGCAGUCCCAUAUUCUGUAAAUUUCACAAAAUUGAAAGACUUAGCUUUAGCUAAUCUAAACUAUCAUAUGUCCAUUAAGACAAGUCAAUGAAAUGCUUUAUAGAUCUCACGUCUAGUGUUUGGUUUACGCUGGGCUCAGAAGACGAAACCGUGUUUUGUAACAACCUUUUGUAAAAACCUUGACCGGCAGUCAAGCUGAAAAAAGUUUCAAGUGUCACAAAACACGUUUUCCUCUUCUGAGCCCAGCGUAAACCAAACACUAAACUUGGGAUCUAUAAAGCAUUUCAGGAUCGUUUGACUUGUCUUAAUGGACAUAUGAUAGUUUAGAUUAGCUGCAAUCUUUCGAUUUUGUGAAAUUUAUGGAAUAUAGGACUGCUGGUCAUUUAGUGUUUUUAACACCUUGACCAGUUACCGGCCAUAUAGCCACAGCGUAUCUUCAAACAUGGCAAAUAAAUGUAUUGAGUUUUGUAAGCUUUAGCAUCAACGGUUUGAAAGAAAAUGCUGAAAAUUUAAAUUACUACCCAAUUCUGAGAACAAAAGUAGAGUUUUAUUUGUUUCUGUCAGCUCACCGUGAAUGAGAAAGUUUUCUUUGUCGGUUCUUGCAAAUGCUGUUAACAGCGGCUACGAUCUAGGUGAGCAUUGUUUAUCUCCUAUGUUCUUUGCCUUGUUAACUUGCUGGCACGUACAAUUUUUGAAAAUAUUUGCCUUCCUCUUUUCUCCAUAAAUAAACUUCUAUUUACAGGCAAAAUUGGUCUUGCGAGAAAAUCCCGAAAUCACAAAACAGUGACAAAGCGACCUCGUUUUCCUCUGUAGUGGUAAACACAGCUUCGAGCGUACAAAAAGUCAGCUGCAGUAAACCACUUCACAAUAAAUCAUGCUGUUUAAACACCAUGAAAUCUUUCCUUGCCGUCAAAGUCAUCAGCACUUGGAUAUUAGUGUAUUUUCAAAAAGGCUUUUCUAUGAAACUUUGGUAAAACACCCAGUUCACGACAGCAAUUUUGUUCUACUUUAUGUUCACCGCCUAGCACGGUGAAUAUAAUGUCAUAGUUCAAGAUAGCUAACCAAUCAGAUUGCUUGAAUUACCAAGAUCACUGAGUGUGUAUAUAUUUAGUAUACAAAUGUUUAUUAUUAUUCAUUGAAAAUGUUUCCUGCUCCCAUUCCCCGGCUAAUUCCAGCUGACCAUAUUUGGAAGAAAGAAGCUAUUUUUAGUGUGACACCCAUGGCAGCUGGAGCUGCCUCUGUGGGAGGAGAGGGGAAGAUACAGGCAAUCAUUGUUUUAUCAUUCGAUCGCUGAGUUUGUUUUUUUAAUGAAUAUCCUUGGGAAGCAAAGCGAUCUGCCAUUUUCAUGCAAGAGUGAUCGCAAGAAGGAGAAAAGCACGGUUUCCUUUACGCAUGAGCAGAAUAUUAUUUGCAGCCAAACACUGUUAGACGACAUUGCGCAUUAGCAGACCAUUAUUUGUAGGCAGUUAUUUGCAGGUCACGUGUUGGGCUCUCGGCCAAUGAAAAGAAAGAAAAAUUUGCUUCGAAUGAUAAUAAUAAUUAUUAACCAAUACAGUCAUAUGGUAGAUUUCCCCCAAAUCAAAAAAAGCAACCUCAUUUCAUCUGGCAGUGGCUAGCUGAACUAAGGGAGUGUUUACACAAGAAAGCUCCCACUGGCGUGAGGAUGACUGUGAUUUUGUAGCAUGUUUACCAUGAUGAUCGGUCAUUUCAUUAAUCUCAGUUAUUUGAAGAUACACGUCAUGUUGAUAAAAUACAUGUGUGAUUCAAAAUUGUAAUCAUUUUGCAUGCCCUACCCAUUCCAGUCCACCUGCACACUGAUUUCACACCAAAAUGGGUGGAUGUUUUGCAUUUACAUACAUAUUUCAUCCCUGAAUGAAAUUCUUGCUCCAGUACAACAUAACUGGGUUGAAUGCAGACUGGAGUGACUCGUGCCAGCAUGACAUUUUGUGGUGGUAUCAUGUAAACAAAUGUAGAGCCAUGAGAGGGAACUGAAGUGAACCAAGCUGGCACAAAAGUGAUACCGGUGUCAUGUAAACUCCCCCGAAAACAAUUUAAUGUUAAAAGAGUUCACCCAGUUGCUUUAGGCAAUGAAAUAGUUGAAUUUCUCUAGUGACUAAAACUGCAUGAACCGAAGAAAUGCAGGAAUAUGCCAAACACAUUUCUGGAUAGGCGUCUUUUUUUUUAGGAGUAUCUGAAAGAAUAAAAGAAUUACCUCUGUUCAAAUGCUUAAACCAGAACCAGGCAAAUGUAUUGAAGAUAUAGUCUACAAGAAGUAAGGUGUCAUUGUGUAAGAACACCUGCAAAAUAGAAAUAAGAAUGCAUGAAUGAUUAAGCAAUCAUUAUUUGACCGCUCUCAUAUGAAAUAAAGAACUAUGCAGACCUUGUAACAUCUUUCAAGAUCAGUAAUUCAUAUGAAAGAAUGGGUACAUGGAAUGGAAAAGUGUUUGUUGUGGUUUGUUGGUGGUAUCAAAAGGCAAACAUGUGACUGGUGUUAAAUAACACUAAUUUUGUUAGUUUUUGCUGAAUUAUUCUUUUUGUUUUUGAAUUUUUUGAUAGACAAAUGUACCAUAUACAGUGGAGGGUCAUGCAAGAAUUGUGUUGAGCAGCCUGGGGUAAGUUCUCUUCACCUUUAGCAUUUAGACAGUCACACGUGGGAAACAAAAAAAUAACAACAACAACAACAACAUUGGUGAAAAGACUUCACUUCUCUUAUAAUGAUCUUCACCAUAGUCAGUGAGAUUAAUUGCACUGUGUUAAUUUUUUAGUUUUUUAUUUAAUGCCGAUGUUGUUAUCGGAGGUUGUGCUUGACAGGCUACUAGAAUCAUGGGCACUCAUGUGUCUGGACCUCUGUUAAAAAACCACACUGCCAUAUUGUUGCAUGCACUGAUCGAUGUUCCCUUGUUAUCUCUUAACUUUUAAUAACUUACAUGUGUAUAACUUAAACUUUUAAUAUUCUUGUAACCCUUUGAUCAAAGGAUCUCUUAGUCACUGAUAAAUAAUUUUUUUGUCUCCAUCUAUGCCAAAACAGUGAAGCUUCCUCCACCUUCUGCUGGGAUAUCAUAGAGCCCCCCUACCCCCCACCCCCCACCCCACUUACUUACAGUAAUUAGCUCCCCAAGCACAAGCCAUAACGACCAAGUUCUUCCUUGCGUCUGUUUCAAGGUCUUUAAAACCUGUCAUGAUGCACAAAGCACAAGUUUUUGCCAUUUGCACGUCUCCGAUAAUAGAUACAUCUUGUUUGCCCCCCAAAGUUUUGCAUAGCCUUUGUUUUUAGUUUCUUCUUAUGGGUACUACAUUAGUCCUGAGAGAAAUUGAAAAUAAUGCAAAAUGUUGGGCGGGGCAAAGAAGGUGCAUUAUGGGAGAUGGGAAAUAGGACCUCAUUAGUGUGUGAUUUGCAGAGAUAACUCUUCACUCUAUACAGGUUUUGAAAGAAACUGCAUUCUGAUUUUGAAAAUGUAUUCUGAUACAAGUUCUUUUUUAGUGUGCAUAUUGUGAAAAGAACAAAACAUGCAUGGAAUUUAAUUUAGUCGAGGACACUUUAAACAAAGCUUGCGAGGAUCAGGAAUGGAAAUAUAAACAGUGUGUUGGUGAGUCGAGUGAUUUGAAAUAUCCUCAUAAUCUUUAAUUUUAGUUUGAAACUCGGUGGCACCUUUAGUGUAGAAGAGGGAGAGGGUUUGGGGGAAGUGUUUAGCAGUAGAGGAGGGUGUGGGAACCUAGCCUGAGUAUCAGGCCUUCUUAAGGGGCUAGGGGAGAGGAGAUUUUAGAUGGGGGAGGCGGGAGGGGGAGAAGAGAAAGGAAGGCCUGACACAAAACCAUUCAGCAGCUCGUGUGACACAUCCAAAAUCUGGAUUUGGCAGUGAUUAGGCAACACACAAUACUGCCUGACGUCACCGACCGCAAUAGACUUUCUCAAAGUCCUUCGCUUCUCAUUUCCGGUUCCGGUAGUUGCUCGCUUUUACCGCUAAAAAACGGUAUAAAAAAUCUACCGCUCGCGCUUCGCGCUCGUGAAUAAAUUUGAGCUCGACUUGUAGGCAAGUCUAUCACCGCAAGUAAAUACGAGCAGAGCGAUGGGCAAGGAGAAGCCAUUGAAAUUUUUCAUAGAUGUUUUGAUUUCAUGUUAUGUGAUGUACUUUUAUGGACAGAGACGCAGAGAGGAAUUCAAAAAGGCUCUAGAGGGCGCUCUCAAGUUCUUUCCUGGAAUAAAAAUAAAACCCGAGCAAGAAUUGUGUUUUCAAGGCCUCGUAAUUUAAACGAAAGAUGUACUCGGAGUAUGGAAAAGCCUCAUAUACCAGCUUCUGCCGAAACUAUGUCCGAGUAUUGGUUUCACAAGACCGGGACAAAGAAGACGAUAUCAGUGUUUCAGAUAUCAAAUUUCUGAUUAACAACAUCCUGCCGUUAAAAGGGUAUUGUUAGUGUAUGUGAAAAUAGAGCGAGGUAGCCAUGUAUUGAGAUAGCCGACAGCACGAAGGCAUUAAAAAAGCUUGGCUUUGCUUGUGGCGGUUACGAUAGCGAACAUGAUUGGAAUUCGUUUGCUUCCUCUUCCAAAAUGGUCUCACUUUUGAAAUGUCUUAAGCUCAAGCGGGCGCCAUCAUAUUUCGCUACCAGGAUUGACCUUUGCUAUAGGCUCUCACUUCUUUCUUAACUGAACUUGUAACAGCUUUCACAAGCUCUCUGUGAAGUGAUGGAGUUUGCUGCUGCUUGAUAAUUUUCUGGGCAUAGGUGUUUCACCAUCGCACCAUCCUUUUUAUUCUUGCAGCUCCUUUCAGUCACCCGAGAAUACGAGGGAUAACCAACAAAACCUAAAGAAAAAAAAAGAAUUCUCGGCCUGAUCUACAUCAGCUUUUUAGCUGCCAGACAAGCGACUGAUGUAAGUCUGUAAGAAAAAGCAAGUUACAAUUUUCCGGGCACACGUUUAUUACAAACAGAGCGUUGGCGAUCUUACACUAACACAAUUCCUAAAACAUGUUAUAAUUCCUCAAAAACGGCAGGUUUUCCAUUACAUUUAUUCGAAAACUCCUCAUUGGAGGUUUCAGAAAAUAGGCGCAGUUGUAGCAACACAAGCACCGGAGUUCGGCCAGACCUCGGGGGAGGGACUCCGCAUAUGAAAGGGGUGGUGAUGCUUGUCGUCUCGCUUAGGGGUGCAAUUUCGGAUUUUGGUCUCACCUAAGGUGUUCAGGGCAAAACACCAUCACAUUUAGCCGUGAAGGUCUCGUUUAGGGUUGCACGUGAAAAAAUAUAAAAAAAUACAUAUUGUCUGUGUUUUAACAUGGUCUCUUUUAGGGGUCAAGAAAAUCUUGGGCCACGCCCAGAUGGGUCUCCUUUAGGGGUUUAAUUCAAAAUUUCCGACGAGCAUCCCCACCACCCCUUUCAUAUGCGGAGUCUCCCCCCGGGGGCCAGACGGUAAGGUGAGAUUUAUUUUAGGCGAGCUUUUUGACACGUGAAUCUGACAACCCAAUGACCAGAAGUGAUUUUGAUUGGAUGGUAUCGAAUCAUGCUGUGUCGGGGUGGAAGGCUCCAGUAAAAGCAUCUGUGUCAGGCGUUUCUCUACUUCAGCUCUCUCCCUUUUUCGCUUCCAUCUUUCCCCUUUUCCUCCAGAAACGCCUUAUACUCAGGCUAGUGGGAACCUCACGGAGACAAGGGGCAUUGAGCAUUAUGGUUUGUCUGGCCUUAAUAAGUCAUUUUUCGUUUGUUUUUUUUCUUGCUCCUGAGAUAUGCGGGUUUGAUCUUCCUGGUUUUAUUUGCAGUUGUCGCGUUUCCACUAGUGCUUUCCACUCAACCUAUAUUCAAACCCGUUCGACGAUCCCCAAUCAUAUACUGUCUAUAAAUAUUUUCAAUAAUGAAUACAGAACAAUAUGGGGACUGAAUUUGCGGACGUGGAUGUUCCAUGUCGAUAGUGUGAGCAGGCGAAUGGUACCGUAAAUUUUUGUUUGUUCUAGUGAAACAAGAUCAAGGGAAACCUUUGCACCCAUUCGUUUUCCGUUUAGAAUUGGGUUAGAAAAGAGAUACAAGAGACCUUAAGAUCGAGAUUAGGUCAUUUUCCUGCAAACGAGAAACUGCGGUAUGCGAUUAACGGUUUCACGUUUCCCGUCUGCUAAUAUUUGGGACUUAAGAUUCGCGGGUGGUAGCUCGCGGCUGCCAUGUUUGUUUUCAUUCAUCCAUUUCAAAGUUACGUUUUUUGAAAUAUAAUUCGAUAGUCAAUAAGCAAAAGAGUUCUAAAAGGUCGUAUUUCUGCUCAAACUUGGGAUUGUGAUGUUUUAGGGAGCAAAAGACCUUGCGGUAGAUUCACUCACCUCUGGAGCGUGGUCUAGCCGUACAAACGUGAACCUCAAACCACAAACCUGACGGCAAGGCCCUGGUCACGUGACUUGACGUUCGCGGUUUGCGGGAAAUGCCGAAAAACCUCAAUCUUAAGGUCUCUACAACCUUAAUAUUUACGUCUGCUGUCUUUAAAUUUACAGUGACAGGAAAAAUUCUUCUUAUUGCCCUUCCUGUGACUGGUUUUGUAGUGUUAGUAGCUUUGAUUUGCUUCGUCUACUGUUGCUGCUGUCGAAGAAAAAGAAAUAGUAGGUAAGUGGCAGCAUUUUCAGGGCCAAAUCAUUUGUUGUUUUUCUUUCCUUUUUAAGAAAGCUCGACUGCCUCCUUCCAGACGUCUCCCUGGCGUUGUAAAUUUGCGCGCAAGGGAAGGUGGGAAAGCGAAAACGCGGGAGUCGGCCACUUAUAGUUACUCGCUCCCGCUCGCCUUUGAUCGCGACCAAAAUGCGAAAAACGAAGCGCCCGAGGGGAAGGCCUGUCCGCCGCUUUUUAACUUCUUGUUAACAGCCCAAAGCUAGGCAAAUUCUCAGUGCAGGGAGAUGAGAUGUUCUCGAGCCAGCGUCGUACGUAACUGCAAACUGUUCUCAACUUUUAGCCCAGUCGAACCGGCUCUUCAUUUCAACACUGACGAAAAUUAGCUUAGGUACAUCAGGAGCCCAUAACCCGAAAUACUUAGCUUAGGCAAAAGAGUUUUGACAGACCAGUUUAUUUUAGCAUCAUUUUUUAGUUUUUUUUUUUUUCCCGCGAAAAUACGGGCACGUUACGUAUGCAUGGGCAUCCACAGUACGAUAAUGACAAAAAGAAAAAGUAAAUGGUUUGAAAACAUCAGAAAAGCUAUUUUCUUGUCUCCGGUUUUUGUUGACGUAUUUGUAAGACUUAUUAACUAGUCAAAAUUGUUGGGAAAAUGAUCUAAAAAUAACUUGGUCUGGAAAUCGCCCUGGUAUGGGUAUAUGUAUUACAUUCCUGGCUACAUGUAUAUCUGUUCAUGAAUCACAUUGAACGACCUUGUCAAUACUCACCUUGAUCUCUCAGGCCUAAAUCAAGGGGGGGUGGGGGGCAAGCUUAUUGUCCUGACGCCGUGAUCAACCAUUUUUGGGGUCCGUGAAUCGAGAUGUAUGGAAACCUGUUCUGUGAAUCACUGAUUGAAGUGCACUCCGUGAUACCUGAACUGCCAAAAUCCUCGAAUGUUUCGACUUGGACAUUGAAGAUCAAUCGAAUAAAAAAAAUCAUAUAAUUUGGUCAAACGGCCUUAACUAGCAUCUGGUGGCUUGCUUUAACUUCACUUUCGAGUCUUUUGAUGUAAAUUCACACGUCAGUGCGAUCAGACCCACCUAGAGCUGGCUUCCCUAGGGAAUUUAUAGCAGCACAGUGUUUUCUUUCUGAAAUAAAUAUAAGCGAAGCACUCUGUUUUACAAAUUGGGGCUAACGUUACAUUUGACAUUUUGUAACCUCUGUUUUUAAGAAACGUGAAAACGUAAAUAUUUGUUUUGUGACUCGUGAAACGCAAAAUUCCUGUUCGUGCACUCGUGAUGAGAACCCCCACCCCUCCCCUCUUGCUCCCCUCUACAUCAGUGUGCUGAAGUUUUCCACUUACAUUAUUUGUUAAUGUGAAAAAUACGAUCUCAUGAAAUAUUUGUUUCAAUUCAGUAAAGAUGAAAAGGAAGAUGCUAAGUUACGAAAGCAGCGAAAGGUAUUGAAGGAAAGACAUAAAGAACGGUAUGCGUAUGCUGAAAAAAAUGCUAAUAACAUUAAUUAGAAUAUGAUAGAUUAAAAAUGUAAAUGUGUGGAAUUGCACUUAACUGCUGUACAGGCAUUUUAGUCAAAUAGUUUCAAACAGUAAUCCAGUUUAUAACAUUAUUACAAAACCCAACUGGCAGGAGAUAAGCUAGGUGGUUAUUUUUCACUGUAUGGUCGAGAAAGUAAACUCGAGACCACCGGGAAACGAAUCCAGCCAGCGACACUCGAACUCGAUUGGGAUCUCCCAAUUCCCCACUCCAGAAACAAUAGGAGAAAUUUGUAAAAGCUUUUUGAGAAACGAUUUCUGGGAUAGUUUGGGUGGACAACGGUUACUUAUGAUUGGUUAAUGGUGACGACCACAAAUAUCAACGACCAAUCAUAACAGACUUUUGCCCACCCAAAUGAUAAAAAAAAAUCACUGCUCUCAAAGCUUGUACGCAUUCCCGUCAGAGUCUUUGAAGUAGGGAAUUGCUCGUUCUAAGCUCUUGCCAUUCACGGCCACGGCCAAAAUGUUUUAUGUGUGUGCAGAGGUUGUUGUUGUUUUUGUUGCUGUUUCUUAUCAACUUCUAUAUUGCUAUUACUUUUUAACGUUCUCAUUGCCGUCGCCGUGGCCUUCGAUAAAAACUUUCAUCCUAAAAUUUAUUCCAGUAGUUAAUUAUUGGUCCAUUCAAGUAAAUUCACCACUUGGCGAUGAAUUCGAUUAGAAGGAGUUAAUAGGGAAAAAUACAUAGGAAACAGGACUUAGAAGCACAUCGCUGCCCUCCGCAAGCGCGCUAGAGGGAGGUACUGGAAAGGACUUCUUUUAUUAACCAAGCGACCGCGAGCGACUUGGCACGAGAAAACAGCACUAAUCGUUUAUAUAAUACCUUUUAGUUAUAUCAACAGAUGUAAACUAAAGAAUGUUUUAAAAUUAUGUUUAAUCCUCUUUAUAUCUUUUUACACUAGAAUAAAUAAACGAGUUAUUAUUUUAAAUUCCAAGAUAGAACAAAAGGUCAAACAGUUGUGUCAGGAUCGACCGCCGUUUAAUGACUUAAAGAAUCACUCUUUUUUUUUUUUUUACCGAGGAUGUGAAUGCAUUUUAAACUCUUUAAUUACCCCAGAUGCUCAGUUCAUUUAGUGAUACUCGCGGCUCAUUUAGUGAUUUCCUCCUGUCUAUUACAGCGAAAAAGAAAGACGCGAAAAGCGUGAUGAGAUCAGAAAGAAGUAUGGUAAGUAGUGUAACUAACUUAUUCACAAGCAGUUCAGGUGGACUCAAUGACUUCAGAAAAAAUUAUGAAUGUCCACCUUAAAAAAUCGAAUUUUCCCUCUAUUUGUUCUGGGGUCAUUUGGUAAAUCAUUAAGUAUGCUUUUUAGAAUUUUUGCCUCAAAACAAAACCUUUGAUACGGGCUUUGAAGAACGGUUCGUCUUUAUACAUACCAGUAUGAGAGUUUUUGCUUUGUAUUUUUUUUUGAGGGGGGUGGGGGGGAAGGGGUGGGGGUUGGGUUUAUCUCAGCAGAGAUAAACUACCAAUUGUUAUUUUUGAUUUCAUUAUCCUUUUCUAAGAUCUACUACACUUUGUCGUACAUCUCAAUCAAUUCUCAGACUUUCGCGAAUCCAGAGCGCAUCGUGUACACAUGGAUUCUGUCGAACAGCUGCAGUGACAACAAGUGUACUUCAUUUAUGUAUUGACAUGAGCGUAUGUUAUGCCUUCUUGUGCAGGUCUGACAACUGCAUAAAGACUGCGCCCAAGAAACGAUGAAGACGUGGCUGCAGUCGCCUUUUACAUAAAGCGGUAAUCAAGAACGCACAACGCAACUAAAUAGAAGUCCCUUUUUUUGGAAGCGCGUGUUAAUGAAGUGACGCAAGUGUAUUAUCUACCACAAGAACAAGUUAUUUUAAAAAGCGUUUUAUUUUUUUCUGGAGUCUAAGGUUCUUAACUCUUUUUAAAGAUUUUAUGGUCUUAGUAUUUUGAAUCUUUAGACAGCAUACAGAGAACUUACAUGUCUUCUGCAUGAUUCUAGAGAGUGCGCUACCAUAGCCUUGAAUACACCCGACGGUGCAAACAGUAACACUGAUACACUGUACGUAGGGUUAGGUUGCCAUAAAUAAAGGCUAUGUCCAUUGCUAAUAAUGUAAUAAUGACUACUAAUUAACUUUUGUAGUAGCACAUUUAGGAAGUGACUCGUCAUCUUAAACCAUAUGCGAGAUCUACUGAUUAACCUUCUGUAGCUAGUUAUUACGGAGCUUAAGCAACGACGACGAUGACGUCAACGAAAACGACAAAAAAGCAAUAGGCCUGGGUUUAGAUUAGACGUGCAUCACGCUUUUUCCUACAUUUCUUUGCCGUCACUGCACGUCUAGGACGUGAAAAUGCAUAAUUUCACGUUUUGUCGAGGACGUAAACACAAGACGACAACUUUGUUUUUCUUUUCCUGAACUUUGAUACACAGUCUUUAAGAAUUCAACUCUAGAAAAAAUUUCCAACAUUUGACGAAUUGAACAAGGUGGAUUAAGCGAGAUAAAGUUUGAAGCAGCGCGACUUCACUUUUCAAGUGACGUUUUCGUAGCCGUCGCUGUCGUUCUUGCUCACGCUCCUUGUUCACGUGAUACAAAACCGCCAUGCUGGAGGGAAACGGAUGCACUGGGACAAGACAAACAAAGGAAAUGACCAUUUUUUUAAAAUAAAUUGAGUUCUCUCUUCAUCUUGUCCUAGUGUGCCCCUUUCUCUUUAGCGUGGCCGUUUUCAUCACGUGUAUGACUAGCUGCAAAAGGGCCUAUUGUCAUUUGGAAUUGUCACAGCAACAGACCCAUCGGUAUUAAACUCGAGCCUUCGUUAGAAGGCAAGUGGUCUCACGUACACCUGCAACACCCUUGCUCCAUUAGUCGGUUCACACGAGUCAGAUAUUUAAAAGUUUUUAAACGCAUUCAAGCUUGCGCGUUUUGUUCACAUGUGAAUGAUGGAAACAAUCAUUAUUAGUACAGGUUCGCACACAGGCCCGUACGCAGAGGUGAAUAGUAUGAUUAUUCUCGUGUAGACAGCCUUUAAGGUGUAAGUUUGUUUUCGUUUAAUUUAAUUGAUUCGUCUGGACGUGACAUGGUCUAGAAGAGAUAGUAUGCUACUGUGGCUGCUUUGGUCGCUUGAGGUUAUGCUUGCGUAUUCUAAGACAGCGUUCACUCUUGGUGCCCUUAAGACGUACUCCCCCGGGAACCGGUGUGAGCGCACGCUUUUUUCAAGUACCCAAGCCAGAUUUCGGGCAAGGCAGGGUGUGGACUCCCGAGUAUAAGGUCGUAGGCACUGAAAUGGGCGCCACGCACACGUUUUCUUUUAGUUCCGAGGUAGUCCGCUGCUUUUCAUACCGUCCCAUAACUCCCUACUUUGCUCAUAAUUUAAACAUAUAGUCUUACAUUGCGAAGUGGAUGAAAUAUUGUACACAGUUACAUAGCAGAUACUUGAGGUGUCACCAUCAACUACUGCUCGGGUACCAGGAGUGAACGGUCCCUUAGGUGUAACUACAUGUAAGGCUUUAAGGCCAGUCGGAAGGAAGCUUAAAGCAGCUAUGACGACGAUGGCAGUGAAACGUCACUUAACAUGAUUUUUUUUCUUAAAUUCUAUCGCGUUUAAAUUUCGCCUUGCUCAAUAAGUUAAACGUUGACCAAUUUUCUUGGAGCUGAUUGAUUCUGGACUCUAUCCAAAUUAAAAAAAAAAUUGAAAAUUCGUAGUAGUGUGUUCACCAUAGAAUUAAGAAGUUACAUUUCACGUCGUGGUCGUUCAGCGGAGGUCAAAGAAAUAUUUGAAAAAGACACAAUUUUACGCUCCCGUGCCGUCGUUGUCGUUUUGUAAAGCUCUCUACCUACUGGUUGAUGUUCCGUCCUUCGUGGAUACCUUUAGGCGUAUUAUACUUCUGUUAGUCCAAAUCGGAAAGAAUAGAGAUGUUAAACAGGAGAAGAAGAGUGCCUAUCGUAGGUUGUAUGUGUAUCAGACGAAUCUUGAACAGUUUCUCGUGAGCUCUCGUUUGAAUUAUUGCUUUUUUGUAGCAGUUUUGACGAUAGCCCUUCCUGAACAAAAAUGGAAAACAUUUUUUUGUAGCUCCCCGGCUAUUCUCGAAUUUUGUCAAAAUGCUUGUUUUUAGAAAUAGGUAAUUAUUUUAAUGAUUCAGUCUUCUUCACCGUAUUAAGCCUGUUUAUAGCCGCCUAUACAGCAAUUACUGAC